AUGAUGUUGGAUAAGAGAACGCUCGUAUUGCUGUCGCUCACGCUAUCUCAGCGGAGUACUCUAGCUCGAGCCCAAGACUUUGCUCCAGGGGUUCUAGCUACCGGCACGCAGGGAGUAACGAACCCUCCGGUUCCAACUCUCCCGACAACAAUUGACCAAACAUCGAUGGCAAGGCUAUUGAGUAUCAACUCCAUUGACGAUUUCUGCAUAUUUGCGCCUCCUUCUUUCGACACAAUUCCAAAUACAGAGACUGUCGAAGUUGCUUGGUGUACUCAGCCCAGAAACAAUGCUCGCGUUAUCCCAGAUGGCACCCUUUCUGGCGUGAGCUUCCUCCACACGCCGUUCUACAUCCAAGUUUUCGGCUUUGGGAAUUUGACCAACCUGAAUAUCGCCCCCAACGACGCUGGCGGGGAACUUGACCCUCACGGGGCCUUCGGUACCGGGAAUCCGGUCGGCGGCAACGUUAGCACUACCAUCAUAGAUGGCUUUGACCGCCCUCUGGCCGAGUGGAUGCUGUUCAUCGACUGGCAAUAUUUCUGCCUCCGUAUUUGCACGAAUGCAAAUACAACGUACGACCCCGCACAUAUGUGCUGGCACGAGUUGGACGAGAUGGGCUGCGAAUUCGUCAUGCCUGGACAGUAUAACUUUCAAGGUGGAGUCUUCGAGACAUGUGAUGCUGAUGCGGCCUACCCGCCUGGCUGGUAUCCGCAAGUCGUCAACGGGCAAACGACGUUCUCGACAUUCGCGCAGUAUUUUACGGGGGUUUACACCGGUGCCGAUGGGCAACCCACUGGCUACACAGUCGGCGACACAGUCACUCCCACUGCUCCUGCGACUAUCCCUCAGUCUUCAAAUUGCGUCACGCAGGCGACCAUUGCCAACGGGAUUCCUCUUAUCUCGCUGACGCCCGGCGCUAAAGGGACCGCUCCUCCACCCGGAUUUUCUUCAGUCACUGCCACCUUUGUCGCAAACACUCUUCCGAUGCCCACAAGCUCUGUUAAUGUUCCAGUAAAAGCUCUCGGCUCGUCAUCGAUCUCAUCUCCUUCAAGUCCGACAACAAACAGCAAUAGCGCAGUGAUAACCAUACCUUCAGGUAUUUACGUCGUUGCGUUCAUAGCUGGCGCUGCGUUCUUUGUGCUCGGAUGA